AUGAAUGAAAUCCUCGCUCGCUGUGCAGUUAUGGAGUCCCAUCCUUCCAGGUGCUGCCAGCUGACUGAUGUUACAAGCUUUGAGAUGUCCCAGUCUUGCAUUCCCAUUGAGACCCUGUCUCUGGAUCACCCGAGCGAGUGUCCGGUGCACAAAGAUUGCAGUGGAGAUGAGUGGGACACUGAUCUGGAGCCUGAAGAGGUUGCUGAGAAAACCAAGGGAAUUUCAGCCAAUGAUCUGUACCUGCAGGCCUGUGAGGUGGUGGGCGUGGUCCCUGUCUCUUACUUCCUGCGUAACCUAGGCAACCCCAUCCUCAACCUGAACCACCACGGACUGGGGCCCCUGGGAGCCAAAGCUCUUGCUAUAGCACUUGUGAGUGACAUGAAGAUCACAAACCUGGAACUGGAAGAUAAUCAUAUACUUGCAGAGGGUGCCAAAUACCUGAUGGACAUGUUAAAGGGAAAUUGCUCCAUUCAAGAUCUGAACAUGUCUAAUAAUCACCUGCAGUCUGCUGGUGCUGAACAUGUCUCCAAAAUGUUACUGGACAACGUCUCCCUGAGAUCAAUUAAGCUAUCAGGAAAUGAAUUCACGGAACAUGAUGCCAAGAGCUUUGCAGAUGUCUUGUCUUCCAAUUACAGAGUGAAGGAGCUGGACCUGAGCCACAAUGAGUUCUGUGAGAAGGGUGGGGAACACCUUGGCCAGAUGUUAGCCAACAAUGAAGGGCUGCAUGUCUUAAACCUGAGCUGGAACCACCUGCGGAUGAAAGGAGCGGUGGCUCUGAGCGCCGGACUCAAAGUCAACCUGACUAUCAAGUCUCUCGACCUCUCCUGGAAUGGCUUUGGGAAUGAAGGAGUGCUGGCGUUAGGAGAGGCUCUUAAAUUUAACAGCACGUUACUGUACCUGGACCUCUCAAGCAACCGCGUCACCAACGAGGGGGCGGGCAUGCUGUGUAAAGGACUGGAGGCCAACGACACGCUGAAAGUUCUGAAGCUGUCUAACAAUCCCCUGACUGUGGAAGGGGCCCUGGCCCUGCUCAACUCGGUGAAAAACACCCCAAAAUCAGCCCUGGAGAAGCUCAACAUCUCAAACGUCCUGGUGAAUGAAGUGUUUCUGCAGCUGCUGGAAAAGACGUGUCAGGAACAUCAGGGGCUGGAGGUCAUCUUUGGAGGGGUUGGGGGCUUCAUUGCCAGGAAACCAAAGCAGCACCCCGACCCCAUGAAAAUGAUUCAGGAUUAUUUGGAUGAACGCAAGCUACGCCUCUGGGAUUUCUUCCGGAACAUUGAUAAAGAUGGAUUCAUGAAAGUGCCCGUCUCUGACUUCAGAAAAGCUGUGCAGCAAACCAAUAUCCCUCUUGAUCGGGUUCAAAUUGAGGAGCUGAUACACAGACUAGACAAGGACAGGACUGGGAUGGUGGACUACAGGGGCCUUGCUGACACCCGAAAGCAGAUGAUGCGGGAUCAACGGCGGCAGCUGCGGAAGCAAGAAUCCCGUCAGAAGAAGGAGAAGCAGAAGAGUGACCGCGUGCUCCAAACCUUCCAGAGCGCUGUGGAGGCGGUCACCCCUCGCAGCUCCAUGGUGAUAUCUCCAGGGUUACCAGGGGACUCCAGCAGCUCUCAGCACUUCUCAGCCACGCCCCUCAGCUCGUGGCACCACGUGGUGAUGUCAAACAGCAGCCGCUACUCCGUGCCGAACAUGAGCACCGAACAUGUUCACCUCCCGCCGAUUGGGAUCCAACCUCGCCCCGGUAGUUCACUGAAGGUCCGGUCCUCCUCGCAACCCAACCUGCACCCUGAGGUUCGGGCUACUUCCCGGACCAAGCCCAUCUCUGCCCUGGAAUUCCAGACAAAUUCACAACCUGAGAUCACUUCUUCUCAUCCGGUUAGCCCUGCGUCAAACAGCUUGACCAGGUCCAGGCCAGCCCUGACAGCUCAUAAGCAUCAAACAUCCACCAAAGCUUCUAAUCAUAAAAGCAAGCCUGCCAAAGGAAAAAGCUAAAACAGUUUCCAUUCUAAGAGAGGUAUUCUUUUUUAUACCCAAUCAUUCCUAAAUGUAAACCCUGUUGUGGUCCAGAACGUAAUGUAUGCGGUGUAGAAAGCAACCUCUGUGUUAGCCAGUCAAAUCAGGUGGUCUUGUUUGGAUUGUAUUAACCAUGGCCCUAUGAAUCCCUGUUAGUAUUGAUUGACUCCCUAAUUAACAUGACUAAAUUACACAAUACAGUGGAAAUACAGCACUGUAAGAACCACACCCAAAUUACUUGGAGAUCCCAGUUUGACCUGAGCAAGGCGUCCCUAAUUAUGAGCACCCACUAAAUAACAUUUCUGGGCUUGCAACAGAUAUGGUCAAGUAGCAUCAUAAAUCGCAAAGGAAAUAUUAUAUCAGCCGUUUACUGUAAAAACCAGUGAACCUUGUAGACUAGUACAGAACAUUCGGCUCCUUGCUGGCGUUGUUAAUUCUCUGCUCUAAAGGAGCUGUGCAAUGUGUGACCCUGGUUGUCAUAGCAAUGAAGGAAGGAUUUAUUUCUUGAGAACAUUCAUGGCAUCAUCUGUGUUUUAAAAGGCCUUGUGAUGGUAGUGUGUAUUUAUUUAUUUAUUUUUUUGCAGCACAGGUACUCACGUGUGCUUCUGACGAGUCUGCAGGAUUUAUUUUGUGUUGUGUUAGCUGAGUUAUGUAUGCAUAUC